AUGAUUUGUUAUCAGGGCCACAUCAUUUGUUAUCAGGGCCACACCAUUUGUGAUCAGGGCCACAUCAUUUAUAAAGUCACAUCAUUUGUUAUUAAGGCCACAUCAUUUGUUAUCAGGGCCUCACCAUUUGUUAUUAAGGCCACACCAUUUGAUAUCAGGGCCACAUUAUUUGUAAUUAAAGCCACAUCAUUUGUUAUUAAGGCCACAUCAUUUGUUAUUAAGGUCACAUCAUUUGUUAUUAAGGCCACAUCAUUUCUUAUCAGGGCCACACCAUUUGUUAUUAAGGCCACAUCAUUUGUAAUUAAAGCCACAUCAUUUGUUAUUAAGGCCAUAUCAUUUGAUAUUAAGGCCACACCAUUUGAUAUCAGGGCCACACCAUUUGUUAUUAAAGCCACAUCAUUUGUUAUUAAGGCCACAUCAUUUGUUAUCAGGGCCACAUCAUUUGUUAUCAGGGCCACAUCAUUUGUAAUUAAAGCCACAUCAUUUGUUAUUAAGGCCACAUCAUUUGUUAUCAGGGCCACAUCAUUUGUAAUUAAAGCCACACCAUUUGUUAUUAAGGCCACAUCAUUUGUUAUUAAAGCCACAUCAUUUGUUAUUAAGGCCACAUCAUUUGUUAUUAAGGCCACAUCAUUUGUUAUCAGGGCCACAUCAUUUGUUAUCAGGGCCACAUCAUUUGUUAUUAAGGUCACAUCAUUUGUUAUUAUGGCCACAUUAUUUGUUAUCAGGGCCACACCAUUUGUUAUCAGGGCCACACCAUUUGAUAUCAGGGCCACACCAUUUGUUAUUAAAGCCACAUCAUUUGUUAUUAAGGCUGCAUCAUUUGUUAUCAGGGCCACACCAUUUGUUAUCAGGGCCACACCAUUUGAUAUCAGGGUCACAAAACUUGUUAUUAAAGCCACGUCAUUUGUUAUCAAGGCCACACCAUUUGUUAUCAGGGCUACACCAUUUGUUAUCACGGCCAGACCAUUUGAUAUCAGGCCCACAUCAUUUGUUAUCAGGGCCACACCAUUUGUUAUCAGGGCCACACCAAUUGUUAUCAGGGCCACACCAUGUGUUAUCAGGGCCACACCAUGUGUUAUCAGGGCAACACCAUGUGUUAUCAGGGCCACACCAUGUGUUAUCAGGGCAACACCAUUUGUUAUCAGGGCCACACCAUGUGUUAUCAGGGCAACACCAUUUGUUAUCAGGGCCACACCAUGUGUUAUCAGGGCCACACCAUGUGUUAUCAGGGCCACACCAUGUGUUAUCAGGGCCACACCAAGUUACCUCUGA